AUGCCACUUGCGGCAUCAAAUUUUUUUGCGAGACGCCUGGGCCAAAAGUCAUGGUUGAGUCUUUCCAGCAGCAGCGUCGGUUCUGCGGUUUGGCGUCGCUCGUCACCACCGCCAUCGCCAUCGUUGGUGUCUGUCGCUGCUGCUGUUAUGCUCGUUAACUGCGGCACGGCUCUGGGCUCGUUAUGUUGCCAGCGUCGGGGUCAAAGCGCGCUACACAAACUACUGCAGGACCCCAGCGAUCCGUAUCUGCGGCCGAUUCAGGACCUUGAUAUGCCGCAAAUAGCCGCCAUAGCAAAGAAUGGAAAGAAGGAGGCUCAACAUCUCUUGGAUGGACUGACUGCCAUCACAGUCUCUCUCUCUGUGCAGCUGGGUGGCAACGGAGUGACGGAGGAGGAUAUUGACGCCGCGUUCUCUGUGUACACGGAAGUGUUGCGUCAUGCACCAGGAACGGCGGGCGCCGCAGGCAUCGGUGAUGACGCGGGAAGCGUGUCGGAGGAUGUUUGGCGGAUGGAAUGGGAGCGGCCACUGGAGGAGUUCCGCGUCGUGUUUCGCUUGACUGGUGACACACGGCUCUCUUAA